UUGAAUCUUGUCAUAACCACUUUUAGACGAAAAUGAUUUCCUCGACUCGAAAAGUGAUCUUGACAUGCUCUGGCAGAGGCACACUCGGCGUAGCAAGAAACAUGGCAUGGUGGAGCCACCUAGAAAUGGCACCACUUGAUCCAAUCGUGGGGUUGACUGAAUUGUUCAAAGAGGAUAGCAACCCGCAAAAAACCAAUUUGGGAGUAGGUGCAUACCGGGAUGAAAAUGGAAAACCAUGGGUUCUUCCGUCUGUUAAAACUGCCGAAAAGAAAGUUAUGGAUGCCCAAUUAGACAAAGAAUAUCUAGGCAUUGUUGGUGACCAGGAAUUCAACAAGUUGUCUAUCAAACUUGCCUUGGGUGCUGACAAUCCUGCGCUUGAAAGAACCACGACGGUCCAAGCCUUAUCAGGAACUGGUGCACUCCGAGUGUCAGCAAAUUUUCUGAAAAAAUUCAACCCUAAGGCCAUUUGGCUACCUGUUCCUAGUUGGGGAAACCACACUCCAAUUUUCGGCCACGCAGGAUUGGAAGUUAAAGGUUACCGAUAUUACAACGAGAAGACUAUUGGUUUGGAUGUUUCUGGAAUGCUUGACGCAAUUUCCAAGAUCCCAGAAGGAGAUACCAUUCUGCUCCAUCCCUCCGCGCAUAACCCCACCGGAGUUGAUCCUUCGAAGGAAGAAUGGCAACAGAUUGAAGAAGUGGUCGCAGCCCGAAAACUGUUCCCACUUUUUGACAUGGCAUAUCAAGGUUUUGCGAGUGGAGACAUUGACCGUGAUGCCUUCCCUGUUCGACACUUUGUUGAGAAAGGACACUCGGUAGCGCUCACUCAAAGCUACUCCAAAAACAUGGGUUUGUAUGGCCUCCGUGUUGGUGCUCUGAGCUUCGUAUGUGAAAGUGCAGAGGAAGCCAAACGAGUAGAAUCUCAGGUGAAAAUCAUCAUCAGACCAAUGUAUAGUAUGCCUCCCAGUCAUGGUGUCCGAAUUGCGAAGACUAUCAUGAGUGAUCCCUCUCUCAGGUCAGAAUGGACGGGAGAUGUGAAGACGAUGGCCAACCGCAUCAUUGGCAUGCGACACGCGCUCGUCGAUGGUCUCAAGAAGCAAGGUAGCAGCCGCGAUUGGUCUCACAUCACAAAUCAGAUCGGAAUGUUCUGUUUUACAGGUCUUAAUCCAGACCAAGUGCUGAAAAUGCGAGAGGACUAUUCGAUCUAUAUGACCAAAGAUGGUCGUGUAUCGGUGGCAGGGUUGACACCCAAAAAUGUAGAAUAUGUAGCACAAGCUCUUCACAAUGUAUCGAAAUGAAUGAAGGGUUAUCCUUGACAUGAAUCUGAACUAACAGAACUUGAUUGUAAUCUGAUGUCAUAUGAGUGUAAUGGAGCGCUGAGAAGAUAUGAUCAUUUUAUACUGAAAUAUACCAAAUUAUUCUCAAGUGAUUGCUGUACCUUGAUGCAGAUAGAAGAUGACUUGAUGUCGCUAGAGCUGAGUCUGUCAUGAAUAUUGAUAUAAAAUGGCAGUUUUAAAGUUUUAUUUGAAGUGAUUAACGCUGGUGUUAAUUUAAUAAUUAGUUCUA